AUGCACCCUAUCAUUCAGUCAGUGAUUAAUGAAACAUGGUAUGCGAACCGUACAGAUGAAGGAAUCAUGUACGCGGAGUACUUCGAGUCCAUGGUCACCAUGGAGCGACGUGGAGAGUGCGCGCGCAAAGGGAUACUGCUCAUGACUAUAGCCCUGGUGCUGACGGCGGUUCAAUGUGCUCUCGACGAAUGGAUAACCGGUCAACGCACGGACAUCCAAUUUACCGAAUCGGCCUAUGCUCAGAAGUUCGAUGCGCAGCUUACCGCCCUUGAGACCUUCGACUUCAAGACCAAAGAUCUAGAUCUUGUCGCCAGGAUCCGAGUAAACUUGCUGAAAUGUGCACGGAGUUGCGCGAAGGUACCGGAGACAAAUGAAGGUGAUGCACGCCUACUUGUCAACGAUGACUACACAGCGGCGAGGAGGGAGUGGGAGCUGCAAGGGGUAGAAUAUGACAGCGAAUGA